AUGCAUGGCUACUUUCUAGUUUUGUUAUGUGUUGUGUUCAGUGUCGAUUCUCAGAGCUGUAAUUUUGGGAACGAUUGUCCUCAGACUGCGACAUGCUGUAGGAAUAGUGCUGGUCAUCCUUUAUUGCAUUCGGAAGGCUUUGGGCACUUUGGAGGAGAGUUAAUAAUGGACCGUUCAGGACAGUGUACAUCACAAUUGUCUCGUGAACACGAAGUGUGUGACUCGCAUUACUGUAAAUGUGAACCAGGCUACGAGUGUUAUACACCAAUGUCUGGGGUAUGUUGUCCACAGGCUCACUGUUACAACGCCACCUGGGUGAAGCAACAGAGGGAUUACUGGCGGAACUGUAUGUCAAACCCUAAAUGUGCUCUUCCACCUUAAGUGGAACCACAGUUUACCAAUAAUUCCACAAAGUAAAAUACACAUUAACAUA